CAGACCAACACACACAGUGGAUGGAUCAGGAGCUGCGUCUAAGGCUUUCAAAGAGGAUGCCAGAUUGGGUGUUUGGGAUAAUUCUGACAGGGAGCAGAGCAGAGCAAUAGGUGGACUAUAUUUCCCCCUUUCACUGGGAUCUGUCUCUCACUGGGGGGAGGAGAGAGGAAGAGAGGGACAGACGGAAAGCAUAGACAGAGGACGUGUGCCCAUGAGGUCGUUGCUGUUGGUGCUUCUGCUGAUUGGCGUCCAGGCUGUACUGAACAUGGGAGGUGUCCUGGGCCCGGUGGCAGCCAACCACAACGCAGAACACCACACAGUAGCCAAUGGCAGAGCAAAACAGCAGCGGGCGGCCCGCCUCUCAGUGUCACCUCAGCAGGAGCAGCAGACUCAGCAGAGACCCAGCCGGACCAGACAGGCCCACAGGGCAGCAUCUCUACCCCAGGGCAAGAUCUCUUCCCUGGGCCACUCUGAGACAGGCUCCCCCUCUACCUCCUCCAUCCCGGAGGUGGACACCAAACUGUUUAGCAAGCGGCUCUACCACUCCUCACCCCGCGUCGUCUUCAGUGACGUACCCCCCUCUCACCACGGCCUGGGGGGGGAGACGGGGGAAGAGGAGGGAGAGGAGGAAGUGGGGAGGGUGAUGGGUGGGGGAGUGAGGGUGAGGCGGAAGGCGGGGGGGCAGCCCAUGCACAGGGGGGAGUACUCCGUGUGCGACAGCAUCAGCGUGUGGUUGGGGAACCUGACCAAGGCCACAGACAUCGCCGGCAACGAGGUGGAGGUUCUGCCAGAGGUGAAGAUAGACAACGUCCGCAAGAGACAGUUCUUCUACGAGACCACCUGCCGUGUGGCCACACCCCCGGGGGGCGGGGCUGGGGCUGGGGGAGGAGUUAUGGGAGGCGGGCCCAAGGCGGGGGCCAAAUCAGGGUGCCGCGGCAUCGACAGCCGUCACUGGAACUCGUACUGCACCAACACGCACACGUACGUGCUCGCGCUCACCAAGUCCAAGGAGCAGAUGGCGUGGAGGCUGAUACGCAUCAACGCAGCGUGUGUGUGCGUCCUCAGCCGCAAGUCCUGGAGGCACUGACCUUUAACCCCUGGGAAUAUGGACCCUGAACCACACACCAUCAUCACUGACCUUUAACCCCUGGGAAUAUGGACCAUGAACCCCGAACCACACACAGUACACACACCAUCAAUACUGACCUUUAACCCCUGGGAAUAUGGACCAUGAACCCUGAACCGCAUACAGUGCACACAUCAUCAUCACUGACCUUUAACCCCUGGAAAUAUGGACCCUGAACCCCGAACCACACACAGAGCACACACCAUCAUCACUGACCUUUAACCCCUGGCACUAUGGACCAUGGACCCUGAACCACACACCAUCAUCACUGACCUUUAACCCCUGGGAAUAUGGACCAUGAACCCUGAACCACAUACAGUACACACAUCAUCAAUACUGACCUUUAACCCCUGGGAAUAUGGACCAUGAACCCUGAACCACACACAGUACACACACCAUCAAUACUGACCUUUAACCCCUGGGAAUAUGCACCAUGAACCCUGAACCACAUACAGUACACACAUCAUCAAUACUGACCUUUAACCCCUGGGAAUAUGGACCAUGAACCCUGAACCACACACAGUACACACACCAUCAAUACUGACCUUUAACCCCUGGGAAUAUGGACCCUGAACCACACACAGUACACACAUCAUCAUCGGCCAUCACUAGGGGUCGAGUAUGAUUGCCCUCCUGGUGGGUUCCACACACACUCUUGAAUCCCCCCCCCCCCCUACCUCAGUCAGUGUCCUGGUUCUUCUAAGUUAUGAGGACUGUAAGUCAUAUUUAUAUUUUAAACAGUCAAAUAUGAAUAUAUAUAUAUUAUAUAAGUGUGUAUAUACACACACAUCAUGAAAUCAAGCUUUCAUUGUUGUGUUGUUGUUGAUGCUGUUAUUUAUUAAACUCUU